GAAAUCUAGGGUGUCGCCGUGGUGGCUCCAUUCGAAGGCGACGGCGGUUGGUCGGUCGUCUAUGUGUUUGUCCUCUUCUAAACUUCACAAACGGACCCGGUAAGGACUGUCGUUACGGAACCGGCUGUCAAACGAGAUCUACGCGGUUCGGCAUCGCUGGGAUGAAGCGGAAUAGCUUUCAUUUAAAUCAGAUCGCUGGUGUAGUUUGAAGAAAGAAAGUCGGGCGGAGGAGCCAUUUUGUCCCGACAGUGUGUGAGAGAAAGAAAUACUGAGACAUUAAAAACACCAAACACCACGCUUUGAGAGGAAACACGCAUCUUAAAUAUAUCCUUAGGAAUAUAAAAAGAGUCUACAGAGGAAAUCAACGCAAUUCAGCUGCGAAGAGACUGUCCGGUGUGUGUUUUCGGAUAACAGACACACACUUUCCAUUUAACACACACUUAGUCUCUAUUCGCUUCUCAUCAGUGUGUGUUUAUAAUAGCUCAGAUGGCGAAGAAGACAUAUGAUCUGCUCUUUAAACUGCUUUUGAUUGGUGAUUCUGGGGUGGGAAAGACCUGCGUGCUGUUCCGAUUCUCUGAUGACGCCUUCAACACCACCUUUAUCUCCACUAUAGGAAUCGAUUUUAAGAUCAAAACAGUUGAAUUGCAAGGAAAGAAGAUAAAGCUACAGAUAUGGGAUACAGCGGGACAGGAACGGUUUCACACCAUCACUACCUCUUACUACAGAGGGGCCAUGGGAAUCAUGCUCGUGUAUGACAUCACCAACGCCAAGAGCUUCGAAAACAUCAGCAAAUGGCUCAGAAACAUUGACGAGCAUGCUAACGAGGAUGUGGAGAGGAUGCUGCUAGGCAACAAGUGUGACAUGGAGGACAAACGUAUCGUACCAAAAGCCAAGGGGGAACAGAUCGCCAGAGAACACGGAAUACGCUUCUUCGAGACAAGUGCAAAAGCCAACAUCAACAUCGAGAAGGCGUUCCUCACGUUAGCAGAAGACAUUCUCAGAAAGACACCCGUAAAAGAGCCCAACAGUGAAAACGUGGACAUCAGCACUGGAGGCGGAGUCACAGGAUGGAAGACCAAGUGCUGCAGUUGAACAGACACAGUUACUCGCACACUUUACACAAACACGCACACACACACACACACUCUGUUCUUCUAUAUCCCUCUUUCUCUCUCUCUCUCUCUCUCUCUCUCUCUCUCUCUUUUCACUUAUCCCUCAUUUCUGUCUAACACUCUUCCGUUCUGUCCUUCUAAUGGGAUUCUCUGUAAAACACAUCUCUAACGUUUCUCACACUCACGACUGCUUGCUGACAUCAUUUUAUUUCUGAAAAAAAAGUAAAGAGAGUCAUUUCAUGUUUCUUCGUACUUAUUUUAAAGAUUAAAGAAAGAAAGAAUGAAAUGAAUUUAAACGAAAAACAAACUCGCAUUCACCACUACAUAAAGAGCGUCAGUGGACCUGGAGACGCUGUCCGUCGGCACAGAGGAGCGGCGUAGCGUUCAGUAUGACAUCCUAGAUGAAGACUUUUGUCCAGUGUUUUGGGGUUAGUGUUGUGUGUUAGUGUGAGAGAUCUUCUCUAGAUGUUUUUGUUUUGUUUGUUUGUUUUUUGAUUUUAUUUCUUUCGUCCGGUGCCUUAAUGUAGAGCCUUAGAGCUCCCCCCCCCCCCCCCCCCCAAACACAUUUAAGCUCACUUUUCUGUAAUACACACACACACACACACACACAUACUCCUCUCCUCUCUGCUUGACCUGCUAACUCAACCCCACACAACACACGCCCGAGUGGAACCAUCUGGAUUCAACCAUUUUGCUCAGAAGAGAAUGGCAUUAUACAUUUUUUUGUUUUGUUUUUAAAUUUAGUUUCUUUAUUUUUCAGAAUGACUUGUUUUAUGAAUCUCCUCAAUGUAUUUUUGUUUCGUUGUUUUUUUCCCCCCUCACUCAGUUACUCAUUCUCUCCUGCAUGCUGGUUUCUUUGGGUUUUUUGGGGUCUUUUGUAAGUUUUGCCAUGUUUGUAAUUCACAGGAAGUAUCUCUUCUAGUCCAGAUACGUGUCAGGGAGGGGAGCGUUCUCUUUGGAAAUUCAAACGAUUUUGCAGAUCCAUUAAAAACAAGCUUGUUUAAGUUA